CUCGUCGAACGUGGCUUAAUUGGACUUGAUUCUAAUGUGGGCGUCCUGCUUCCUAAGUUACCUCGGACUGUCAUCGCUGAAAUCGACGACCACGGGAGCCCUGUACUUAAAGAUCGCGACUCGCCGAUCAAACUUAAUGACCUUCUCACGCACGCAGCUGGACUUCCGUACUUCCACCCUCUUCUGUCGAACUACCUGGACAGCAUUGGCAAGAGACCAUUGCAAGGCGCGACUGUCGCCGAGCGUUUCGGCCUCCCUCAAGUUGCUGAGCCUGGCGAAUCUUUCGAUUACGGCUGCUCCUUCGACUGGCUGGGCAAGAUCAUCGAAAGGUUGACUGAAUCUGACCUCGAUUCGUAUGUCGACGAAAACAUUUGCAAGCCACUCGGCAUCACAGACAUCUUCUUUUCCAUGGCUCGCCUUGAAGAUCUGCAGCACAGGCUUGUGUCAACAGUCAAGAUCGAUGAGCAAGGGAUGGCAGUACCAGAUACGCAAGGCUCGAUCAACGACGGCAUUACGGAGUGUUUCGGAGGACAGAGCGGGCACGCCAAUCUGGACAGUUUGCUGACCAUCUUGCAAUCGCUGUUGUCCAACGACGGAAGGUUGCUAAAACCAGAAAGCGUUACAGAGAUGUUCAAGCCUCAACUUGGCGAAUCAAGCAGACGUGCCCUGAACGAACAGAUCAAGACUCGAAGUGGUCUUGUACAUCUUUUCACCGAAGGCAAGGGUGAUUACGAUUGGAGCUUCGCAGGAAGAGUAAAGCUUUCCAAGGACGGGACAGUCGAGCGUACUGACUGGUUUGGCAUGAUGAACACGCAUUGGUUCAUUGAUCACACUCGAAACUUUUGCGGCAUCUUUGGCACUCAACUUUUGCCUAUGGGCGAACCGGGGGUGGAGAAAUUGUGCCUUGAGUGGGUUGAUGCAAUCAGUCACCAACAUGAGGCUGCUGCGUGGAAAGCCUGA